AUGAAGUCUUUUGCUUUCGUCCUAUCUCUACUUGCCCUCUUGGCGGUCGUUGCCGGCCAAAACGCAACCUUGGCUCCCGAGGUCUUUGAUGAUCUAGGUGCUUGCCUCCGAGGAGCGCUGGACAUUAUCAAAUGUGGUGACAACACAACCGAGUGCACCUGCUUUGAUGACCUUUUCAAUCAACAGGGUGAAGCACAAAAGGUCGUCAACGAGGAUGCCACCUGCGAUGAAAUCAGUGCCGCGAUUUGUGGUCUCGUUGAAAAGGCCAAAAGCUGCUGCGUGCCAUGCGAAGCGACAGUCUCAAGAGCUGCUAUCUGCGCGGAUGAAAACCACGUCCUAAAAACCAAAAAUUGCACUCGGGCACAAGAGUGCGCUGUCGAAGGACUCGAGUCGGGCGCUAUUUCGGCAAGUUCCAUCGGCGCCAUUCUCGUGGCUGCGUUUUCCAUGUUCCUCUAG